UGAAGUCCAGCGUCAUUACCAGCACUUGUUUCUUUUCUAACGGACAUGCGGUGAAGUAGACUUCGGGGUGUGGAAGUGACUUUAGCCGUUUCGAAUUUUUUCGGCAGUUUUCGUGGUGGGGUGAAUUGGUUUAUUUUUCUUAAUUGGACACACAGUUUUAUCAUCACACCCAUAAAAAAUGAUAGAACUAACAAAAAAGCUGGCUUCUUUUUAUCCGACUUACGUAUUGGCCAUAGUCUCCAUAGGAUAUAUUUGUGGAGAAUUGGGUCAUUAUCUUAUAGGAGUUACUAGUAAAGCGAUAGCUCAAGAUUUGCAUUUUGGAGAUAUAGCUUGCCAGUUAAAUUUAACAGAUGUCUAUUUAAGUGAACUGCCAGUAUUAUGUUCAACUGCCAACGAUUCAGAAACUUGUGCUUCCUUUGUACUAAAUGGGACAAGGUACUGUGAAUGGACUUAUAAUGGGUUAGGUUUGGACUACCAGAUACUUGCUGGACCAAGUUUUAUUGCUGUUUUUACAAUUGUUGGAGUUAUUAUGGGUUUUUUAGCCGAUAAAUAUAAUAGGGUAAGACUAUUAGCAAUUUGUACGGUGGUCUUUGGUAUCGCUAUCAUACUCAGUGGAAGCGUUAACGAGUUUUGGCAACUAGUUCUUCUUCGUAUGGUUAUGGCAGCCGGAGAAUCAGGAUGCAAUCCUUUAGCUACUGGUAUACUUUCUGAUAUAUUUCCCGAAGAAAAAAGAGCUUUAGUAAUGUCCGUUUUUAAUUGGGGUAUUUACGGAGGAUAUGGCAUCGCUUUUCCCGUUGGACGAUAUGUUCCACCAAUGAACACUUGGGGUUUAGGAUGGAGAGUGACCUACUACGGUGCUGGAAUAGUAGCGUUAAUUUUGGCUGUACUAACUUGGUUCACAUUAAAAGAACCCUCACGUACGUCUAUUGGGGAAGAUGCAAAUCAAAAUGGAGACGCCAAGAAGAUAACGAUAUGGAAUGUUAUUGCAGAUCCAAGAGUUAUAUUGUUAUGUCUGGCAGCUUCUAUUAGACAUUGUGGAGGAAUGUGUUUUGCAUAUAAUUGCGAUCUUUAUUACCAAACUUAUUUUCCGGAUUAUGACUUAGGUUGGUGGUUGUUUGCUGUAACAAUUGUCAUAGGUUCCAUUGGUGUCGUGGUUGGUGGAGUAGUAUCGGAUAAAAUUGUCGCCAAAAUGGGCAUCCGUUCAAGAUGUGUAGUUUUGGCAGUUAGUCAAAUCGUAGCUACACCUUUUGCCUUUGGCAGUGUCUACUGUACUCCGGUUGGAGCUAUGAUUACUCUAGGCAUUUCCUACUUUUUCGCUGAAAUGUGGUUUGGAAUUCUUUUUGCCAUGGUCGUAGAGAUUGUUCCGUUACAUGUAAGAUCAACGACUAUUGGAGUAUUCCUUUUCGUCAUGAAUAACAUUGGAGGAAAUCUUCCUAUUGCGGUGGAACCUGUUUCUAAAUCUAUAGGAUAUAGGGAGAGUCUAUUCGUGUUCUACGUUGGAGCCUACGCCUUCAGUUCAAUUUUGUUCCUUCUUACGACGUUCCUUAUGGAAGGACCAAAGAAACCGGAACCCACUCCACCAAAGAACUUAACUGGACACGACAACGUGGUAUUCACAGGGGAUGACGUACAUAUUCCCACAAUUACAUCAUUAGUGAGAAACACCAAAGCUAUGGAAAGAGAGAACAACCGACUUUAGUCAUAUGUAUUACUAAAAUAAUGUUUUUUAUUAAGUACUAAGUUAAAAAAUUUUGUAUAAGAGUUUUUAGGCCUGGAUCCCGCGUACCAACGAAAAGUUGAUUAAUAGCAAGCUGAAAAUGUAUUAAUAGCUUAACGGUGUCUAGUCGGACAAACUUGGUUGCACGAGAACACUGGAACAGGGAUGGUUGCACGAGAACACUGGAACAGGGAAAGUUUUAAUUGUGGAACGUGUCAUCCUGACAAGUUUAUGAUCGUGAACAUUAGCAGGUUGUUUUUAAGUUUAUUCAAUAGCAAACUUUUUAUAAUUAGUACGUUUUUUAAAGGUAAAAUAUUGCAAAACCUCUAAAUUUUAAACAACCGCUUGCAUUGACAUUAAAUUUGGCAUACACAUAGCUAACAAGUCAAAGAAAAAAAGUGAUGUUGUGCCGAUGUGUGCUUUUGCCCUAGUGGUGAGUUUUUUGUAACGUUUUUUCACCAAGUUAAUACUUUUCGAGUUAUUUGCGGGUGAAUAUGUUAAUUUUUCUACAAAAUAACCACGUUUUCAGACGGCUUUUCGCAAAUAACUCAAAAAGUAAGUAUUUGGUCGAAAAAAAAAAAUUCUUAUCAAAAAUAUAGCACGUAAAAAUGUGAAAAACAUGGUGUAUAUUUUAGGUCACUAUACCUAGAAGAAGCAGAGUUAUAGCUAAUGAAAAAUAGGUUAAUAUUCGUCAAAUUCCAAAUCGAAUAUUUUAACGUGCCAUAACCAAAAAACGAAGCACUUUUUUGGGGAAAACUCAUUUUAACUUUUUGAUAGUGUUUAAAAAAUGCUUAUUUUUGUUUUUUUUUAAAUUUUUUAGCAUCAAAAGUAAACAAGUUGUGCUCAAAAUAAAGUUGGUCCCUUUUUUGGGUAAGAAAUCAAGAAAAUUACCCCCUAAUUAGCAUUUCAAAUGAACUUAAUUGUUACCACUUCACAAGUGUUUUAAUCUCGUAUAUAUUGAUCAUAUGAUCUGUAAGUUUCAUCGGUUCAAAGUCCUUAUUUUUGAAAGAGCUGUAGUUAAAAGGGCUUGAACGAGUCACUUAUCAUGAGUGUAUGCAAAUUUGGAAACACCGAAUCUUAACCAAUUUUUGUUUUACAGAAAAACAAAAAAAUACAAAAUAUUCAGAAAAGUAAAGACGACUUUUCUUUGUUUAAGGUUUUUUGUAUCUCUAACAAUUUUUAAAGUAUUUUGAAAAAACCAUUUUUUUUCAAAAUUAAAAUUUUUCAAAAUUUUAUUUUAAAACCAAAUUUUUUCAAAAAUAAGCACAUUGAAUCGAUAAAACUUACAGAUCAUAUAAACACAACAUAAGUAAAGUAAUUUGUGAAGCGGUAUCGAUUAAUUUCAUUUAAGUUGCUAAUUAGGGGUGAUCUUCCUGAUUUUUUUUGCCAAAAAAAAAGGGACCAACUUUAUUUUGAGCGUAACUUGCUUACAUUUUUGAUGCUAGAAUUUUUUUAUAAAAACAGAAAUAAAGCUUUUUUUAAACACUUUAAGAAAGUUGUAAUAUGUUUUCCCCAAGAAUGCUUCAUUAUUUGGAUAUUUCACAUUGAAUUAUUCUAUUUGGAAUUUUUCGAAUAUGAACCUAUUUUUCAUUAGCUAUAACUCUGUUUUUGCUAGGUAUAGAGACCUAAUAUACAGGGUGGAGCAGAUAAAGGGCCUAUUAGAAAUAUCUCGAGAACUCAAAGUAAGAAAAUUAUGAAAAUCGGAAAACAGGGGUUUUGAGGUGUGAACUAUUUAAUGAAAAUAUUUCGGUCUCUUUGCUACUUCCGGUUAUACCGGAAGUUGGUUGUAACUUCGUUUUUUUUAAUGGGACACCCUGUAUAUUUUUACAUUUUUGGAUUCUCCUUGAUUUCUUUUUUCUUAAAAUAUAAGUUUUUGUAAUAUUAUACAGGGGUGGCUAAAAGAUAAUUACGUUUUUUUAUUAAUUUCGUAGAAAAAUGCACACCCUGUAGAAUUGUAGUAGUUUGACAUAAUAAACUCUGUUUAUAUUCAAAUGAUUUUUAAUAUUGUCUACUAUGUUAAGAAUUAUUGGUAUAGUUAAAUUUUUCCUUUUUUGUAUACAGGGUUGGUCGAAACUCAGAAUGAGUAUUUUCUGAAUUUUUCUUAAAUGGAACACCCUGUAUGUUAGCAUUGUAAUGAAAUGUUAUUUUAGGAUACUUUUUAAUUUCUUAAGCAAUCCCUAUACCUAGCUGCUUCAAUUUGUGAGUUAUUGGUGAUUCAAGCCAAACAGGAAUUGCAACACAAAAUACCUAAAAUUGUAUUAGGUUGGCCGUAAAAAUAUUCAAUCACAAAUAAUUUUUCGGAAAUAAAUACAUACUAAUUGAGACUGAUACUUAAAAUUGCCAAUAAUGGUUGAGCUAUCAAAAUAUCUACGUAGUUAAGAUUGUUGGUGCGAUUAACAAUUAAGCACAAAUUAAAGCAGUUGGGUAUAGGGAAUGCUUAAGAAAUUAAAAAGUACCAUAAAAUACCAUUUCAUUACAAUACUAAAAUAUAGUGUGUUCCAUUUAAGAAAACUCAGAAAAUACACAUUCCGAGUUUCGACCCACCCUGUAUACUAAAAUUCAAAAUUUAGCUAUACUAAUAAUUGGUAACAAUAGUAGACCAUAUUAAAAAUCAUUUGAACAUAUAAGGGGAUUUUGAUAAAAAACUACUACAAUUCUACAGGGUGUAAAUUUUGCUACGAAAUUAAUAAAAAAACGUAAUUAUCUUUUAAUCUACUCUAUAUAAUAUUACAAAACCUUAUAUUUUAAGAAAUAAGAAAUCGAGGAGA